AUGUCUAGGGCCAAAGCUGCUACUGAUGCUAACAUUCUAGGUCAGGUUGUAGGCACUAUUAGGGCUUCCUCUGCAAUAUCUGCUCAGGACGCGAGCUUUUACAGAAGUCUGGACCCGUCAGUCGGUGUUUCACUCGAUCACUCUUCCCAUGAAUUGCUUAGCUUGAUAAAUGAGGUUAUUCUUUCAAUAGACGAAAAUAGCGACAGGGUCGAUCCAGCAGCUGAAGGCUUGGAGAGCUCCUGGAAAAAUGUCAGUGAGGUCAUGGAUCUUCUGUUCGAGAAGUCUGAACACGCCAUGGCAUCCCUCAAGCGGAAGAACAACUUUCAGCAAGGUAAAACACUUCAAUAUCUUGAUGAUUCUGCAAUGUCUGAAGAACUAGCGCCAAAGGUCAUUUCAAAACCACAGCUCAAAUUCUCCAAAGCUGUGGACAAUUCUGAAAGCGGGCCGUUCAGGCCCCUGUUGCCGGUGAAGCCCAACGCAGUAAAACCUCUUGAGGAAGUUCUUCUGCUGACAGCAGCAGAAGACAACAUUCCUGCGCAUUUUCCUCAGCCUUACGAAUACGAGAUUGAUACCCAAGAAUACGACGAGAGCGUCCUUAGGACCUCAACACCCAUUCCUUCCCUGCCCUGGGAGGGUACUGAUGCACUAUGGGUAGAUAAUAAAGAGACUUUUAACGAUAUGUUAAAGACUUUAUCGACUGCUAGGGAGCUAGCCAUUGACCUGGAACACCAUGAUUACAGGACAUAUUACGGCAUUACAUGCCUUAUGCAAAUAAGCACGAGAGAACAAGACUGGCUAGUUGACACAAUAGCUUUAAGAGAUGAGCUUUACCCGUUGAAUGAGAUCUUUACAAAUCCAAAAAUUACUAAAGUAUUGCACGGAGCUUUCAUGGAUAUUAUUUGGCUCCAAAGGGAUCUUGGCCUCUAUAUCGUGAGUCUAUUUGAUACAUACCAUGCAUCUAGGCUACUAGGCUUUCCGAAACACAGUCUUGCAUACUUGUUAGAGAAAUAUGCACACUUCAAAACUUCCAAGAAGUAUCAGCUAUCGGAUUGGCGUGUGAGGCCCCUGACCAAAGCUUUGAAAGCCUAUGCAAGGUCCGACACGCACUUCUUGCUAAACAUUUAUGACAAUCUUCGCAAUGAACUUAUUGAACGAGGUAAAUUGGCUGAGGUGUUACACAACUCUAGAAAUGUCGCAAAGCGGCGGUUUGAAUAUACAGCUUUCAGGCCAAAGCUUUCGUCUUCUGCAGUAUUUUCGCCAAUUGAAAGAGAGGAGCCGUGGAGGUCGCUAAUGUUUCAGUACAACAUUCCGCCCGAAAAAUCUAAGCUGGUCAAGAAACUUUAUGAGUGGAGAGAUUUACUUGCCAGGCGGGAUGAUGAGAGUCCCCGAUUCGUUGCCCCAAACCAACUAUUAGUUUCACUAACAAUGAGUGCACCAACUGAUUCUUCUGGUGUUCUCUCCGUGGGAAGCUUCGUGACUUCUCACGUAAGCACCAAUGCUAAAUCGUUGGCCCUUUUGAUCAAGCACACUCUGAGUACCAUGCAUAGCCAUGCGGACCCGAAAAUGUAUAACGGUGAACAGGAUUUGACACCAGAAUUGUCAUUGUAUGAGGUCGAAAAAAAUGUCUCAUAUUUCAACGUAUUGACAGAUAACAUUCAAGAAAGCAGUGAUCAGGAUAAACUAUUACACUUCGAAUCCGUGCUUUUCAAAGGCAAACCUCUCCCGACCGAGGCGUUCGUGUCCUACGAAGAGGGACAUAUCAAUGUUGUUAGUUCAGGAGAGAUCAAUCUGAGAAGUGAGAAGGUUUCAGCAAGUUCUCAAAUUUCAGACAUAGCGAGCUUAGUAUCUGUUGAAUUUAAAAGCACUACGCCCUCACCCAUGUCACAAAGCACCUCAUACCCGGCACAGUCUUCUGGCCAGGAUGCGCCUUCAACGGUCAAGGAACCUACCAUCGAAGAAAACAAGAAUGAUAUCGUCGUCUUGAAAGAGAGAAAACAUCCACCUCAAAAGCGCCCUAAUAACAAAUCUAGCUCAUCACCUAAGGAGGUUUUGGACUUCAAAAAUGCAAGGAAGGUGCUUGCUGCCCCUAGCAUAUCAAUAAAAUCCGGAAAGAAAAGGUUUGAUCCGUAUGGCGACAAAGAAGGCCCGGAGGGUAUGAAAAGAAGGAAAAAAACGAGAGGUUUACAGAAAACAUUCAGAGGUUAG